CUGGACUGCCCUGAUUUUAGGUGCUUUUUGUUGUUGUAUUCAUGAAUACAGCAGCACGAAUACAGCGAAUACACUACUGUAAUAACUGAUUAGUAGCUAUAGAAAGUAAUUAUGUAUAUGGUAGCUAUAGGAAGUUAAUAGCCACUAAACAAUAGUGGUUUCUGAAAAUUCCUCUUUAAUUAAUACUACUAAUUUUGAUGACCUACUUUAUUUUUUGAACCAGGACACUGGGAACCAAAAUUAAUUCCACAAGGCUUCUGAAUUUCCCAUGAAAUUAGAGACAAGAUAAGCAUUGCAUUAAAUAAGAAGAAUGAGCAAAGCAGGUACACCUGAUUUUUUCUACAGGGAAGCUCAGCGCCUUGGUUAUGUUGCUCGCUCUGCAUUCAAGUUGCUUCAGAUGCAGAAACAAUACAAAUUGAUAACCCCUGGUUCUUCUGUACUCGAUCUUGGGUGUGCUCCUGGCGCAUGGCUUCAGGUGGCAUGUCAGAGUUUGGGCCCACUGAAAAAUGGAGGUGUUGUUGUAGGAAUUGAUCUCAAGAAGGUAAAGGUUCCUCCUAUGCACUGUGAUUCAAGAGUUCAAACUGUUUGUGCUGAUGCUCUCAACCUUCCCAAGAACAAACUCAAGGCUCUUUCUCCUCAGGAAAAAGGAUUUGAUGUCGUACUGUCUGAUAUGUGCCCCUUAGUUUCUGGAAUAAGAAUAAGAGAUGCAGCUUUAUCCGCUGAACUUGGUAUGCGAGCCCUUGAUUUGGCUGUUGGCGGAGUUUCUCUAUUGCAUUCGGGUGAUUCAGAGUGCUCAAAUUCAACUCCAAAGAAUGAUGGUUUACUGCGACCUGGGGGCCAUCUUGUCAUUAAGCUUUUAGAAAGUGAAGAUGUGAAAGAGUUUGGGCAGUUAUGCAAACCACUCUUCAAAAAGGCAGCAUGGUUGAGGCCAAAAGCAACUAGGUCAUGUUCAAAGGAGAUAUAUCUGAUUUGUCAAGGAUUGCUGUGAGUUGAGAAAAUUUUGUAUCAAUAUCAACCUCCCAAUAUGCCUGGAUCAUGGAUACAAGUUAUACAUCUUACAUAUAUGAUUCAGCAGAACAUCAUAUAUUGAAUUUCUUGUUAACAGGAAAAAUAUUUCUGAA